UGUAAACACCAAACAGUCGAGUGAUGUUUACAGGCCUUUACCCUCCCCCAUUACAUCUCUGGUGUCAAAGGAGGGGUGAGACCGGAGUAUUGUUGAGGGAACUGUAUAUGCAUGAAUGGUGUUUUCGUCUUGACUCAAAUUACAUGAAUUCUCUCUCUCCCUCUCUUUGUUUGCUCUCCGCUCGGACUCGACUGGCCACUCAGCAGGGCGAGGAUCGCUCCUCCUCCCUGUCUCCCACAGCCCUCCAAUCACCUUCUUACCCCGGCCCUGUUGCCCCGCCCUCCUGCCAGGGGCCCGCCCAGCGGCCAGACAGCUUCUUGUUUCGCCUCAGCCAGAAGGAAGAGCAGAGGAGAGGUGAUGGUGCCGCCCCCAGGCCGGAGCCUGAAGAGGUGACCCCUACCCAGCCUCAAGGCCCCAUGGGAGAGGAGGCUGCUCUGGUGGAGCAACUGCGGAAGAACAUAGAGUCGCGUCUGAAAGUGUCCUUGCCCAGCGACCUGGGAGCAGCACUGACCGACGGGGUCGUCCUCUGCCAUCUGGCAAAUCAUGUGCGGCCACGAUCCGUACCCAGCAUCCAUGUGCCCUCCCCUGCUGUGCCCAAACUGACGAUGGCCAAGUGUCGGCGGAACGUGGAGAACUUUCUGGAGGCGUGUCGCAGGAUCGGGGUUCCACAGACCCAGCUGUGCCUGCCCCUCCACAUCCUGGAGGAGAGAGGGCUCCCCCUGGUGGCCGGGACUGACUGCUUACGACUUGCAGCCUCUAAAGACUGA